CACAAGCCUGAGGCCUUGGCACAGCACUGCUGAACUUACAAUGAGCUGCUCAGCGUCCGAGUCUUCAACGCGUCUGUCAUGGGGAAGAGUGGUGCAAAAACUGUUCGAGUCUAACCACGCCGAUGCAACAUCACUCGACUGCUCUGAGAAACGAGAUUCAGGAUGUUCAUCGGUGCUUUCAGAAGACCCCUUUGAGGAGGCGCUGUGUGCUGAGACUUUGGAUAAUCUCUCUGAAAUUCUUGGCGAGGCCAGUGCCAGAGCCAUGGGGUGGUCCAGGCUUCUUGUUCCUCAUCAGUUACUCGAGCACAUUAGACAUGAGCUCCUCCACCUGGCUGCUGGAGAACCCUGCGGUCUGAGAGGAGCUCUAAUAGACCUGUGUAUAGAGAAUAACGGGUCCUAUCAGAGCGUCGGACAGUUGUCUGUGGACCAAUGCACUGUGCCAACUUUUCACGUCACUUUUUUGCUGCGGCCAGAUCUUGGAGGACUGUGGCCAAAGUUUACCAGAAGGCUUAGUAAUUCCAUCAGACUUAGCACAGGCUUCACGGCAGUCAAAAGGAAGCUUUACAGCUCAGCUGAAGUUUACAUAGAUGAAUUGUGACCCGAAGAUAUUGAUCUCAGAGGGAGAAAGGGCUUUGCAAUUUUUUUUCUUAUUUAAGAAAAUGUUUCCAAAUUUUUAUGUAUGGGUUCUACCAUAUGCUUCACUGGCAGACAUGCCAACUCAGGUCAAGCAAUGCUAGGAAUGUCUUUAUAUAAUGUCCGUUAUUGGACAAAUGGCAGCUUUUUGAACUUCCUUAAAAAGGACAUUUUUAUGAUAUACUUUGUGAUUUGUUGAAUACUAAAGUGCCUUGGUUACGCUGGAACAUUGACACAAAAUAAACUUCACUAUUUGAUGGAGUAUGUUUGUCAUAUUUUGAAUCUGAGCAUACCCAAUUUAACUGAUACAUUUGUUUUCAUUUCACUUUAAUAUGCCUAGAUGGUAAACAUUACAUGAUUAAGGCAAACUGUAAAUUACUGUACUAUCU